UUUGACAUCUAUGAACAACAAUAUCGUUGUGACUCUUAUCGAGAUAUAUUCUAAAAUUAUUGGCUUUGCGGCCUGAAAUAAUUGAGAGAAAAUACCAUAACUCGCCGAUAUAUUUAACAGGCGAAGUUUUAUUUGUGAAUCGAUUUUGAUAUUAAAAAUUUUCAAUGUUUGGAAACUUGAACAAACCAGCAUUUGGAACUGCGUCUCCCAGUACUUCCUUUGGCUUUGGUACCGCUACACCUGCCAACGCAAACCCUUUUGGUCAGAGUCAGCUAUUUGGAAAACCCGCAACGGGUGGGUUUGGAAGUCCUUCCACCUCCACUUUUGGACAACCAGCAACAAAUUCCUUAUUUCCCUCCACCCAAGCUCAACCUACAAAUCUCUUCCAAAAUGCCAAUACAUCAUUUGGAUCGCAGCCUGCUGCACAGACAGGAUUUGGGUCGAACCUUUUUGGACAGCAGCAGCCGGCUACCGGUGGGUUGUUCAAUACCUCGACAACAGCUUUUGGACAACAGAAUAAGCCAACUGGGUUCGGUUUUGGAGCGCAAACCACGCAACCUACCCUCUUUGGUCAACAAGCACAGCCCCAACAAAGUACAAGCAUGUUUCAACCAGCUGCAGGUAGCCUGUUUGGCGGUUCUACUGCUUUUGGCGGUCAACAAUCAACUGGUACUGUUGUCAAGUUCAAUCCCGUCACCGGUACUGACACAAUGAUGAAAGGUGGAGUGGCCCAAAGCAUCAAUACCAAACAUCACAGUAUCACGUGCAUGAAGGAAUACGAGAAUAAGUCCUUCGAGGAAUUGAGGUUCGAAGAUUAUGCUGCUAAUAGAAAAGGCCCCCAACAGCAAUCAGGGUUCGGAACAACGACACCUUUUGGAACUACUGUAUCUUCAGCGCCGACACUGUUUGGUCAACCGGACGCUUCAAAAUCCGCUUUUGGACAAACCACAGGCUUCGGACAAACCACCACAACCUUUGGACAAAACACCGGGUUUGGUCUGGGUACACAGCAGCAACAAACCGGUGGACUAUUUGGGAAACCUGCAACAGGUUUUGGGGCAACAACAAGUACACCAUCUCUGAAUUUCGGUUUCGGCAGCACUCAAACUGCUAAUCCUUUUGGUGCAACUCAAGCUAAACCUUUCGGUAGUAGUUCUGGUUCGAUUUUUGGAACGAACACCGCAACUACUCAAGCACCUACCUUCGGAACUGGGCUCUUUGGACAGACAAAUACAACACAGAACACAGCAGGAACUUUGUUUGGAAAACCAGCUCAGCCAACAACAGGAUUUGGAGCAACGCCGAAUACAGGAUUUUCUUUUUCCACGCCAGCUUCAACACAACCCAGUCUCUUCAGUCAGCCAAGCAAACCACUGUUUGGUCAACCUACAACAAAUACAGGAUUUGGGCAGACAAAUAACGCUUUUGGAGCGACUACUUCUCCAUUUGCUAAUUCGUUUGCUAAAACAACCACGCCUGCCUUUGGAACCACACCGAAUACGGGAUUCGGAACCACGUUGGGAGGCGGCUCUCUAUUUGGCAAUACAACUAAUAAACCUGGCGGAUUGUUUGGAAACAACACCGGCAGUACUGGAUUGUUUGGAGCCUCAAAUAACACAGUGAUGGGCGUUUCUGGAUUCGGUGUUCCUCAACAGCAACCUCAGCAGUCAAUGUUUCCACCGCCUGAGCAAAACAAUGUUACGUCCAAUUUGGCGCUCCUCACUACAGAUCCCUUUGGGGAUGCUCCACAUUUGGCAGGUUUAGAACCAAAGUUGAAGUCAUACAAUCAUUUGGUCUCGACAACCGAUCCUAAAGAACUGAAGUCGUUGUUGGACGCCUCCAAAAAGGUAGAUACCACCAGUGGAUUAAAAUUGAAGAUCGUUCCGAUAAGAACUGUGAAGGAUACUUUGUUUGAUGGAAUCGCCACUAAGUCGAAUAUGAGUAUCACUUCUCCUGAUUACUACAAAACUAAUUGUAGACGAUUAGUGCUGAGAAAUCGUCCAACUCCUUCCGAUGAUACUCGUUCUCCAGUAAUAGAGAAAGGAGAUAUUUUGAGUUACAUCAAUUCUUCUGUAGAACCUAGGACUACUGACAGAGUAGAGAAUAAAAAUGAACCUGUUAUUCCCAAUGCUGUGCGACCAAAUCCUCUGAGGUUACAAUUUGAUAAUACGAUAAAUGGUAAUCAGAAUAGCCAGAUUAUCUCGCAGACCUUUACCCUCAAUAAUUCUGAAAUAAACAGUGUCUCAAUAACUGAGGAUAAUGGUAGUUCUCCAGUGCCUGAAAUUGAAAUAGAAGAAGAACCUGUCGGUGAAUUGGAAGUGCAAACGCCAAAGUCAUAUGCUCAUGGCAUCAUUUGCACCAGACCCGAGUAUUAUACCCUACCCAGCCUUGAAGACCUAGUUAAAUAUACUGACGAAAGUGGUAAAUGUAUUGUCAAAGGUUUUACCAUUGGUAGGAAAGGGUACGGUAACGUUUAUUUCCCCGACGAGAUGGACGUAGCAGGCUUGAAUAUAGAUGAACUUUUGCACUUCAGAUAUAGGGAAAUUAAUGUGUAUCCUGAUGAGGCUAAGAAACCACCAGUUGGAGAGGGACUAAAUCGUAAAGCCCAGGUCACUUUAGAUAACGUCUUUCCAAGAAGACCAGGAACGAAUGUACUAAUAAAAGAUGUAUUAGAAUUGCUGCAAAUGAACUUCGCCGAAAAAUUGAGAAAAAUAACGGUGAACAAAGACGCAAAAUUCGUUGAUUAUCGACCAGAGACUGGAUCGUGGGUUUUCAAAGUUGAUCAUUUCUCAAGAUAUGGGUUCGACGAAAGCGAUGAAGAAACUGUUCAGGUAAACGGCAAGGAGGUCGCUAAGAAAAAAUUAGAGGAAGCUAAAAAGCCGGAGUUGAAUUUGCUGGGUCCUAAAUCUGUCGAAGAACUCGCCAAGGCUGAAGCAUUGAAGAACGUAGAGACAGGCAAGGAAAUGCAGGUGGCAACACUUGGAGGAAAUAAAGAUGCAUGUGUUGAAGAAGAUCAUUUUCAAGGUGAAGAUGAUAUAAUUCAUCAGUCUAUGUACGUUGAUGAUAUUUCAGAAGAGGACUAUUGCACUAUUCCGACAGAUAUCCCCAUGCACUUGGCUUACGAUCCAUUCCAGACCAGUAAAAACAUUCAAGUUAUGAAGUCGACCCUGUUCGCAGAUGAUGACAGAUUUUCAGAUGGUGGUGGAAGUCACAUUUCCAUCAUCAGACAGUUCUUGGAUAUUCCCGAAGAUAUACCUAGACUUCCUGUGCUUCGUGAAGAGGUACUUCCAAAGAAGAAAAUUCUUCUGAGACCGAAAGUAGAACAGGUUUAUAAUUUUGGAGCUUGCGAAAUUCCGAGCCAGAUCAUUCAAAGCAGGUGUUAUUUAGAUUUUGGUAUGUUCAAAGGAAAAUCUUUCAAAGUCGGGUGGAGCAAAGGCUUCAACCUUCUUGGUUUGAAUAACAAAAUUGGAGAAAUUAAUGGGCUGUUAGCUUUGAAUACCAUUGUAUGUGGUUCACAAAAAAACUUUGACCCAUUGAAGGAAUGCCUGAAUGACUCUCUGGAAAUAGUUUUACAAGAAAGCAGUUACACUUUGGAUGUCAAUCGCAUACCAACUUUCAAAAUAAUAAAAAAUCAUUCAUAUCUUAAAAAACAGAUAACUUUAUUCUCAAAGUUGAUGGCGCAGCGUGAUACGAAAGAGUCUCAGUACUUGCACAGUAUAUGGACAUUGGCGGAAGCCCUCUGGGGACCCACUGAAGAAACAAUUUCUAAUCGCAGGCAUCUUUUGAGUGAGUGGUUGAAAGUGAAUACGAACUUCAACGACUUGUCAACCAAACAGCCAGAGAAAGAAAUAUUCAAUCUCCUGUCCGUAUUCAAAAUCCUUGAUGCUGCAAAUCUGGCAAUGGAUAAGAGAUACCCCAACUUGGCAUUGAUAAUUUCCCAACUGAGUCUAACAAAUAGGACAAAAAUUUUCCUGCAGGAACAAAUAGAGAGCUGGUACAAAUCUAUGAUUGCCAAUCAUAUUAGCGAAGAUAUGAAGAGAGUUUACUUGUUGUUGAGUGGAAUUCCUGUCAAGGAAACUCUGAAUAUCUUUCACGAUGUCGAUUGGAAACGGGCGUUCGGGAUGCACCUUUGGUACGUUUCACCUGCCAGUGCUCCGGUGGAAAUGGCGAUAGAGCUUUAUAAGAAGGCUUUUGAGGAACAGGGAUAUGCGGAAAUGCCGUACCCACCCUACAGGUCUGGUUACGUUGAAGAAGGGUCUUUUGAUGUCCUGUACCAUAUGCUGCUGCUUUACAAAACUAGGAUACACAGACUAAGUACCGUUUUGAAUCCCAUGACUCAUACUGAUGAUAGUUUGGAUUACAGAUUGAGUUGGUUACUCCUUCAACUUUUCCUCUCCUUAAACGUUGGCAUAAUCGAAGAUUCCGAAAAAAACAAGUUGUGUACGAGUUUCUCAAAUCAGCUUGAAACCUUGGGAGAGUGGGAAUGGGCAAUAUUUGUGCUGUUACACUUGGAGGACAACAAUUUGAAGAAAAAUUUGGUCUUGGGGAUUCUGGAUCGUAAUUUGUCGCCUGACGUUGACAAGGCUACUGUGGCUGCCGAGAAUGAGUUAGUCAACAGGAUGCAUUUACCUCCGGAAUGGAUACAUACAGUCAAAGGCACCAAAACUUUACUUUCCCAAAGAUACUUUGAAGCCUUUAAUCACUUUGCACAUGCCGGAGAUCACUGCAAAGCAAAUGAUAUCCUCAUAGAGCACCUCUUACCCUGUCUUUUCAUAAAUGAACAGUAUGACAUCAUCAAAAUACUGAUCAGCGCAAUUGCAGAAGGAGCUGAUGAAAUCGCUCGCUGGAACAACGAGGCUGGGCUCUUUUCUGAUUUUCUGGAGCUUCAGGAGAGAUUCAUUUCCUUCAGGGCUGAAGAUAUUCUGCAGCUCCAAGCGAGCCUCCAGUCGAUCAGUGACAGAAUAGCCAGUUUUCCAGUCAAAACGGAUCAGCAAAAGUUGUGCGUUGCCGAGAUGUCUAAAAGGUGUGCUUCGGUAUAUAGAGAGUUAUGUGAGAAACCUUGCUCGAGCUUAUUCAAAAAAUCCUAUUCAGACUUUAUUGAAUCGUUAGUUAUGCCUCCAGAUUACAAGCAAAACGAGGCCUUGAAUCUGGUGAACAGACCUGAAUGUUUUAGAUGUUAAGUUUGUACAAGUUAUUAUGUAUUGCAAUAAGUGCCUGUUUUCUUGUGUAUAUAUAUCUUAGGUUGUAUUUUGCAUGAAUUUUUUUGGUACUGUACGUUAUCAUUUAGAAGGAGUUUCUAGAAUUAUCGGUGACGAUUUUUUUUUCAUCGGCUAAAACUUUUUCACAAAGUUAAAGGCAAUAUUUAAGAAUUUUGGUGAUCUUUACCGCGUACAUUACUGAAAAAAUUAAAUAUAAUUAUCCAUUAAAAAAAUAGUUAUUAGGUUCAAGAUGGACUGUAUUCAUUAUUAUAUUUAUGCAAUGUGAGUUAUCUUUGUUUUAUAUAUAUACAAUAUGCCUCAAUUCUUUGUUUUCUGUAACAUUUUUAAUAUUUUGUAUUGAUGAAAAGAUGGAUGAUUAAAAGUAUUUUUGUGGAAGUAGCUUUUACAAAUAAAUGUCUUUUGUUUUA